GCGUUCAGACAUGUGAGGCUCCCAGUAUUGAGAAGGCCGGCGGGCCUCCCAACACACAGCCCAGCGCUUCCGAGAGGAGGCGCCACAUGUUGUGACAGGUGCCCGCGCGGGGGCAACGCUUGAACCUCACUCCAGCUGGCCGAAGAGGAAAAGGGGAAGGAAGGGGCCGGGCCGGGACCCCGCCCCUCGCGCUCCGGAUGGAUGUUCCCGGCCCGGUGUCCCGGCGGACGGCGGCGGCGGCGGCCACCAUGCUCCUGCGCACCGCUCGGGUCCCCCACGAGUGCUGGAUCUUGCCCACCGCGCUGCUCUGCACUUAUGGCUUCUUCGCCAGCCUCAGGCCUUCCGAGCCCUUCCUGACCCCCUACCUGCUGGGGCCAGACAAGAACCUGACGGAGAGACAGGUCUUCAAUGAAAUCUACCCAGUCUGGACCUACUCCUACCUGCUGCUGCUGUUCCCUGUGUUCCUCGCCACAGACUACCUCCGUUACAAGCCCGUGGUCCUGCUGCAGGGACUCAGCCUCAUCGUUACAUGGUUCAUGCUGCUCUAUGCCCAGGGACUGCUGGCCGUGCAGUUCUUGGAAUUCUUCUACGGCAUCGCCACAGCCACGGAAAUUGCCUAUUACUCUUACAUCUACAGUGUGGUGGACCUGAGCAAGUACCAGAAAGUCACAAGUUACUGUCGCAGUGCCACCUUGGUGGGCUUCACAGUGGGCUCUGUCCUCGGGCAGAUCCUCGUCUCCGUGGCAGACUGGUCCCUGUUCAGCCUGAAUGUCAUCUCUCUCACCUGUGUUUCUGUGGCUUUUGCUGUCGCCUGGUUUCUGCCGAUGCCACAAAAGAGCCUCUUCUUUCACCAUGUUCAUCCCACCUGCCAAGGAGUGAAUGGAAUCAAGGUACAAAACGGCGGCAUUGGUACUGACACGUCAGCGUCUAACCACCUCCCCGGGUGGGAGGACCUUGAGUCAAAAAUCCCUCUAAAUGUGGAAGAGCCUCCCGUGGAGGAACCAGAACCCACACUGGACCGGCUUCUCGUGCUGAGGGUGCUGUGGGAUGACUUUUUGAUGUGCUACUCCUCUCGCCCUCUGCUCUGCUGGUCGGUGUGGUGGGCCCUUUCCACCUGCGGCUAUUUUCAAGUCGUGAACUACACCCAAGGCCUGUGGGAGCAGGUGUUGCCUUCUCGCCAUGCUGCUAUCUACAAUGGUGGUGUGGAGGCCGUGUCAACACUACUGGGUGCUGUUGCUGUGUUUGCAGUUGGUUACAUAAAAAUAUCCUGGUCCACUUGGGGGGAAAUGACCCUGUCGCUGUUUUCUCUGCUGAUCGCUGCCGCCGUGUACGUCAUGGACACUGCGGGGAACAUCUGGGUGUGCUACGCGUCCUACGUCGUCUUCAGAAUCAUCUACAUGUUACUCAUCACCAUAGCAACUUUUCAGAUUGCUGCGAACCUCAGCAUGGAGCGCUACGCCCUGGUGUUUGGGGUAAACACCUUCAUUGCUCUGGGACUGCAGACGGUGCUCACUCUCAUUGUAGUAGACGCCAGUGGCCUUGGCUUAGAAAUUACCACGCAGUUCCUGAUCUACGCAGGUUAUUUUGCACUCAUCUCUGUGGUUUUCCUGGCUAACGGUGCAGUCACUGUUAUGAAGAAAUACAGAAAGCAGGAAGAUCCAGAAUCAAGUUCUCAAGUAACCACUUCAUAAUACACUACUGAUGAGCUUCUUCUUAUAGCAAGAACUCUGCACAGCAGCUGUCCCUGGAGAUAUUUAAUUUUUUAAUUUGUAGACAUGUAUUUAUGAAUGUGCAUUUCAUGGCUUCAAAGCAGCCAAUUGACUAUACUUGUGUCCUAUAAUAACAUAAUACUGUUCAGAGGAGCCAGAAGUAAAGUUUAUUUCGUGGAUUAUUGAAGGAUGACUUUAAUCUGAUUCAGUAGUAAACUUGAUUGUGAAAACCAAGUAAUCAAGUACAAUCGAGCAGCAUGUGAUGGCGUAUACUUGACAGCAAGUGAGUCUGGUGUGUCAUAGGUCCAGUACUCCUAUAUCUGAUGUGCCAGAAGCUUGGCCUGGUGGGACCAGGGCUUCACAGGGGCCACAAGAUGUUACAGGUCGGGACAGAAAUACGUUCUAACAGCACCCGCCUCUGUCCAGCUUAGUUCUUAUUUCUGUGUUAGCCGUGUGCAUUUGUUUCUCCAGAUGAAAGUUGUUCCUAUUACUGGCAGUGUUUGCUCUGCUUGGGUGUUCUGUCCUGUAAGGAGUGUGUCAUUUCUAAUAUUGUUAUUUUUAAAAAUUCAUUGUAUGAAUGUUCUCAGUUCCCAUCUUGACAAUUAGAUGUUUGUGUAGAUUUUCUUUAGAAGUAUAUUUUUGCAUUGUUCAUAUGCUUCCCAGAGAAGCUCAUUUAGUUAGACAUUAGGGCAAGUUUUGAAGCCUGCUAAUAAGCUAAAUGAAGAAACCUAAUCAGAAAACUCAAGGUAGGUUUCCUUGUCUUUUAUUCUUCAGUAUGAAGGACCAUGAAUUCCAUGAUGAAAAGGUAGAAUAUGGGUUAAAGACACAACUGGCCCAUUUUGUAUUUGCAUUUCCUUUUAUUUCCCAAAUAAAAUGAAGAAGUCGUUUUAAAAAUAAUUUCAUCCCCAUUUAUAGCUUUUAUAUUAUUUGUCCUUCUUAUCCAAGAUAAAGAUGUCAUUAGGCGCUGGAUUAUUCUAAGCGUUUUUCAUGAACUGAGCCUCUUUUUGAUUUAUUUCAAUGGGACAGGAACUAGGACAGACACAAUUCCUGUGUUUUGUACAUUAAAUCUGCCUUUGCUUCUAAGGGUGGAUCAUCUUGAAUGCUUAAAAUAACAAUUGCUAGUGAUUCCAUUUCCAAGUUGCUUGAAAAGAUAUUAUUCUGUAUACAUUUAAUUCUCAGAUCAGCCUACCACGUGGCUGCUAGAAUAUGUGACAUGAAAACUAUUUUAAAGCCAACUUUGUUGCCUUAUCUUGAAAAGAAUCUAGGUAGCUGCUUUCACCUGGAGUGUUAACUUUUUUAGAAUGACACAGCUAAAUAGUGUGAAUAGUGUCAAGACUGUAAAAUUGACAUAUUUAUUUGAUUUAAGCAAGAACUUUAGAAGCAAAUGAAGAGGAUACGAAUUGGUUCUCUUCAACCUCUUUUUGCAUAUAGGGAAAAGAAAAGAAGGAAGAGAAGGGGAAGUGAUGUCAUAAAAGUAGCAGCCUUGAAUUUUAUAUUUUGCCUUUUUUUUUUUUUGCUACAUAGGGAAUUGUUUACUCAAACAAGUAGAAAAGUGGUGUUUGAGGGAUUUUAUUUAACGUUUUUAAUAAAAAUGGACUGUGGUACAAUCAAAUUGUUCAUGUUACCAAAGCAGUAUUUCCCUGGAAUUUAAUUCGAAGUUUGUGGCAUACAGCUCGAGCCAUCUUGGUGUGCAGCCAUAUUUCUAGAAUGCUGAACCCUAUUUGCAAGUUGUACUGUAUGCAGUUUUGCAAAGAAGUGGAAAUAAUUUGUUGUACUUUUUAUUCAAUUCUGUACAGAUUAUAAAAUUAUUUUUAUUAAAUAAAUAUUUUACAAUAUA